AUGGACAACGCCCUCGACGCAACGCCUACUCAUUCCGGGGGUAUCACGCCUCGGCGCAUCGUGAAGUCGCUUAAGCAGCCACUCGCGUGCGUGACCCAGUUAGUGUUUUUAGAUAGCGGCGAGAAUAGCCGACCUACCAACGUGCUCGCCCGCCUCCCCGCUGCGAGCCUCCCAAGCGAGGCUUCCGUCAGCGAAGUGCGCAGCGAGCUCUGCAGUGUAGCCUACGAGGAGCCAGGCGACGAGUCCACCUCCUCCUUCUUUGACCACCGACGCAUUCGCCACGGGGGUAAGGGGAACAGCUCCAUGAGUCGCAGCAAAGCCUCCCGCACGGUGAACGGCGCGCGUGGCCGGCCGCCGCGCAGCUUCCGCAGCGGGAGCAGCCGCGAGGUGGAGGAGAGCUUCCUCAGCUACAACGACGAACCGGUCUUUUAUCAGUGCGACUUCGAGGCCUCAUCGGUCUCCGCGGCGACGGAGGGGUCGAAUUAUAGCAUGUCCUACACGGCCAUCUCGGAGAGCGUACCGAGCUGCAGCCUGACCACCCUGGCAGAGCCGGGCAGGUCCAUCACCGGCGGCUGGGCUGGUCGGUUUCGCCAAAACAAUAGCAACAACAUGAACAACGGUCCAUCCCGCAAAGCCUCCGGCAGCUUCGGUAGCAUCUUUGGCUCCGUCGGCAUGGACCCGGUCAACGGGACGAGUUUCAACUCCCAACCUCCGCAGCCGCACGGCCGUGACAGCUCCGGCUCGCAGUUCGCAGCAGCUGCCCGAAAUGCAGCUGUGGGCCACCGUAAGGCAACCGCCGUUGGCGUCUCCCCCAGCUCACCCCAUCAGGAGCCUUUUGACUCGCUCAAGUCACCGAUGGCGUUCAAAAGCACGAUUCGCCCCUCCACGGAACUCCCCGUAGCGAUGAGCGACUCGGCCGACGCAUCCGUAGACGGGGACACCACGGCGCUCCCCAACACGGCCAACCCGUUGAACGUCAACGGCAAUCACCGCGGCGGUGUUAAUGCGGCAGCGGCGGCGGCAGCGGCGGCGGCAGCGGCGGCAGCGGCGGCGAAGGAGGCGUCAGCCAACACGUCGGAGCAGCGACAAAAAAUACAAAACGUCAAGCUGUUAGAGCGAGUCGGUCGUGGCACCUUUGGCGACGUCUACCGCGCCGAAGACUGCGACACUGGCACUGUUAUCGCAGUGAAAGAGAUUGUGGUGCCGCAUGAUUUUACCAAGGACGUGGAAAAGCAACUGGCGGCGCUAGAGUCGGAGAUACGCGUCAUGCGACGUCUGCACCACCCCCACGUCGUCACCUACCUCGGCGCGAACCGCGAGGGCAACUCGCUUCGCAUUUUCAUGGAGUACGUCGGCGGUGGCACGAUCGGCAGCCUGCUGGCCCGUAGCGGGGUGUUACCGGAAGAGAAAACUCGCUACUACACGGCACAGCUGCUGGAGGGACUCGAGUACUUGCACGCCUCGCACAUUCUUCACCGCGACUUGAAAGGAGACAACUUGUUUUUGACGGAGCAGGAUCAGUUGAAAUUGGGGGACUUUGGUCAGAGCAAGGAGCUCGCCGACACCGUCAUCACACAGUCCGUGCAAGGCACGCCGAGCUUCAUGUCACCCGAGAUGAUCGCCUGCUCGGGCUACUCCUUCGAGGCCGACGUUUGGUCGGUUGGGUGCUGCGUUAUUCAGAUGUUAACAGGCAAGCCGCCCUUCGCGAACCUGGACAACCAAAUGGCGGUCAUGUUUGCCAUCAUCAGCUCAAAGAUUGAUGAGCAGAUUCCGCAGGAUGUGUCGGACGGCGCCAAGGACUUCAUCCGCAUGUGCACCAAGACGAACAUUAAUGACCGUUGGUCAGCCACGCAGCUGCGCCAGCAUCCAUGGUUGCUCGGGGCGGCAAACGAGAACGCGACAGCACCCACAGAGAAGGCGACCUCCGCGAUCCCGCCUCUCAAGGGCGGGCCCAAGAAGGCAAAAGCGGUGGAGCAGGCGAGUGCGCUAAGUGGCAAGCCGCGCCACUCUAUCCUUCUCGACACCGCUGCCUUGUCCAAGACGGACGCGAGCGGGGGAUCGAAGAGGACGUCGAGUGAAGCCGUCUUCCAAUACUCCUUCAACGGUGACACACCGGACAACGAGGCAGGCGGCAACACCAGCAGCAACUCGUCUUCCACCAGAGUGGAGGUUCAUGCGAUGAGGCAGCCCGGCGGUGAUCGUAACGCGCAGCCCUCUCGCUCCUCUCAAGCGAACGGCAGCGGCGCAAAUGCCGCCGCCACGGCCGCUGCUUUCAUCACCCCACCUUUGUCCCCGCCCAUGCCGCCUCAGUCUUGUCCUGGUGGGCGACGCCUCUUACGUGGGCAUGACGGCGCGGGUGGUAACGGUGCUGAUGGUGUUCAUGCCGGUGGUGGUGGCCGUCACAAACGCAAAGAGAACGGCGCGGCGACCUCGAGCGACACGAGCGUCAACAGCUCACCGGGCAAGGUGCCGUCCCCGACAAAUACGGCAUCGCAGAAGCCGCACCGUCCCUCGUACGCGCCAGGCGAGAGCUCACCGCGCCACCGACAAAUGAUGCCCAGCAACGGCACCGCGACAGCAGCGGAGACGGCACGCAGGAAGCGCGGGAGUUCUACGAGCACUGCUACUACUGCGAAUCAUAGUAAUCACAAUAGUAUUCCACGCGACCUCACUACACCCGUGAAGGCACACGGCCGACACCGUGUACCGUCGCCGAGCCACCCGAGUAGUGGGUCACGCCACACGGGAUCUGCCCAUCAACAUGGGUUGGCCCCGGGAAAUCAAACAAGCCGCACCACUCCGAACGCGUCUGUAGCGACGCCACGCGCUGCCGCCACGUCGCGGCAGAGCUCUCACGUACCGAAGAGAUGA